CACUGUGCCUCUUCUCUCUCUAUCGGACUCAGAGGAGCGAAAAUGGGUCAUGCGAACGACCUGGAGAGGAUGGGCAGAGAACUCAAGUGCCCCAUUUGCUUGAGUCUUCUGUGCUCUGCGGUUUCUCUUACGUGCAAUCAUGUAUUCUGCAACUCAUGUAUUGUGAAAUCAAUGAAAUCGGGCUGUGCUUGUCCAGUUUGUAAAUUGCCAUAUCGGCGUAGAGAGGUUCGGCCUGCUCCUCACAUGGAUAACCUGGUGAGCGUUUACAAAAGCAUGGAAGUUGCUUCCGGAAUCAAUAUUUUUGUCACUCAAAAUACAUCUUCGACUAAAUUGUCAGAUGGAAAGAAGCAAGCUGCUGGUGAUGAUAACCAGGGUGAAUAUGAUACAGGUGGAAAUUCUCAGGACAGAACAAAUAAACAAAAUAACUUGAAAGGAAAAGCAUUUAAGUCCAACACAAAAAAUACUGCAAAACCUUCAUUUCCAGCCAAGAAGAGGGUUCAGGUGCCAAAACGCCCUUUUUCAGAAACCCCAACAAGGCUUGCACAGUUUGAAGGUGAAUUGUGUGAAUUUGCCAAGGAAGAACCUAGAGGUAGUCCAACCAUUUUAAAGAAGUCUGCUCUGAGUGAAAAGGGAGAACCGAUGCUUUCACCUUUCUUUUGGUUGAGGGAGGAGGAAGAUGUAGAAAAGUCAACUCAGCAAACUGACGAGGAUCAGCUCAUGGAUAUGCCACCUGUAAAUGUUCCUGCCUUCAGUGAUAUCAAGGACUCGGAUGAUGAAUACCCUCCUAAUUUGACCCCAACUGGGGGAUUGCAUGGUAAGUUCUCCCAUGUUGCAGAUUUUGAUAGUGAGAUGUUUGAAUGGACACAAAGACCUUGCUCUCCUGAACUUUGUUCAAGUCCCUUCAAGAGACAGGUUGCAAAUGUGGAAGAGAUCAACAGGAUUCAAGAGAGAGAAUUAGAAGCAGGUUUACAGGGUGUAACAAGAAAUGACGACCUAAGAUCUGAAAAUUCAAAACGCCAAAAUUCUAAACAAAGUGGUACUGGAGAUAUGGUCCUGCCCGAUGGGGCCACUUGCAGAACUGAAGGUCGUAAUAAUAUAAUUGGGGGUAAUAAAUCUAAUAGGAGUGGUAGAAUCAGGAAGGCAAGUGAAAGAGCCCAAAAGUGUGCUAAGAGACAUACAGAUUCAGAUUUUGGAAUUUAUGUUGAUUUAAAUGAAGCAUCAGAAAAUUUUAUCCAAGAGCAAGUUUCUUACAAUAAUGAAAGUGUGGGUAAGACUAUCAUACGGGGAAAGAAGAUUGGUUAUGGCACCAGUGCAACUAAGCCAACUCCUGAAAAUGCUCAUGCUGUCUCUUUGGAAACAGAAAUUCUCAGUCAUGAAAAUGUGGUAACUGAGACAUCUCCCUCAUUUGGUAAAAAAGAAGGCAAUGAUGAAGGCUAUACCUUGAAGAAGGCUGGAAAAGGGCCAAAGAAGAUCAAUUGCUCGGUAAGAUCAGGGAAACGAAAGCUGGAUUCUGUGAAGGACACCAUGCUUGAAGAAGUACCUAGUAUACGAAAACGAAAAACUGAGGAUGCUAUCCCCACGUUAGCUCCCUUAUCUAUACCUAUGGCUGAAAAUAAGGAAGCCUCUGAUUACACCCACAAACCGAGCAAACAUGCAAAAGAAAAUAAGUCAUCUGAUCGAGAACUCAGAAGUAAGAAUAAGUUGAAAGUUUCUGAUAGUAUCUGGAAGGAAGACUUGGUACAUGAUAUCCGAGAGAGGCCUACUUGUGUUCCUGCAUGCAAAACCCAACUCAAUGAAAAGAUUCAGGGCAAAUCUGAUUUCAAAGUUCAGGAUGAUACAUCUGUCAUGCCGAGGCUUCCUUCUCCGAUAAAUGAAGUUGUCUUACAGAAAUGUGAGACCAUUAGUUAUAGGUUUCAAUGUGCUUUCUGUCUUUCUUCGGAAGAAUCAGAGGCAUCAGGAGAAAUGGUCCACUACUAUAAUGGUAGGCCCGCUGCCGCAGAUCACAAUGGAGGAUUCAAGGUCAUACAUGUGCACAGGAAUUGCACUGAAUGGGCCCCUAAUGUCUAUUUCGAAGAUGAUAUUGCAACAAAUCUUGAAGCUGAAUUAACUAGAAGUCGGAGAAUCAAAUGUUGUUGCUGUGGAAAUAAGGGCGCAGCACUUGGGUGCUACGAGAAGAGUUGUCGCAAAAGUUUUCAUGUGCCCUGUGCAAAGUUUAUCCCUCAAUGUCGAUGGGAUACUGAUAACUUUGUCAUGUUAUGCCCUCUUCAUCUCUCCUCUAAGUUGCCCUGUGAAAGCCCUGGAUCUCAAGAAAGGAGGAAGAAAUGUCCUCCUAAACGGAAAUUAUCUCAACGUGAUUGUGUUGCUAGUAAACAUGAAAUCAGUACCAGUAGGAACUGCAAUUUUUGUGUCUCUUCAAAGAAAUUGGUUCUCUGCUGUUCAGCUCUCACAACUCCUGACUGGGAGAUUGUUUCUGAUUUUGAGAGAUUAUCUGGAGUUACAGUUUUGAAAAAGUGGGAUUCAAGUGUCACCCAUGUUAUUGGAUCUACAGAUGAAAAUAGGGCAUGCAAGAGAACCCUCAAAAUAUUGAUGGGUAUCUUGGAGGGAAAGUGGAUACUUAGCAUCGAAUGGAUCAGGGCCUGUAUGAAGGUCCUGCAACUAGUCGAUGAGGAGCCUUAUGAAAUUAGUGUCGACAUUCAUGGGAUCAGGGAUGGCCCUCGACUUGGAAGGCAAAGAUUGCUGAACAAGCAACCAAAGCUUUUCAAUGGGUGUAAGUUCUAUUUCAUGGGAGAUUUUACACCUUCGUAUAAGGGGUACCUACAAGACCUUGUAGUUGCUGCUGGAGGAACAAUUCUUCAUAGAAAACCUAUUACAGAGGACCCCAACACCUCAAUAUUUCAAACCUUCAUAAUUUACAGUCUUGAGAUGCCUGAUAAAUGUAAUCCUAGCAAGAAAGCUACGAUUAUCAACCGUCGCCGGUCUGAUGCAGAUGCCCUUGCAAGUUCAACUGGAGCCAAACUGGCAAGCAAAUCAUGGGUGUUGAACUCCAUAGCCGCCUGCAAUUUACAAAAUCUUCCUGAAUAAUGUAUCUUUUCCAAUUCCAGGAGCCCUGCAGAUGUUUAAUUUCUUAUUGAAUAUAUAUAUAUCAAAUACGCUGUAGCAUAACCUUGUUAUUGAAGAAUCGAAAGUAGAACAUAUAAGAAAGUGGGUGAGAAUGUUAUUUGUCGGCAAAUUGUUUUAUUGUUGUAACUGUUAUUACUGAGUUGAUUGCUGCCAUUAGUGCAUUGAAAAUAUAA